AAAACUCUGAUGUGAAAUUGGUAUUGGAAAAUAGAAGGAAAUCUCGCGUGAAAUUAAAGUUUCAGGACUCGCACACCCGGAGCUCCCACCUCAUCCCCGCCUCCGCAUCUUAAAAAUCCCACUCCUUUGAAUGAGAGAGUUAAAAACUUGCCUAAUAAAUUAUUUAAACAACUGCAUUCAUUAGCUGGUACCUGCUACUAAUUACUCUUUUCCAUUCUAAAUUAGUUUGUCGAACAAUGCAACAUCAAUAGUCUAUUGCAAUCCGAGUUGAAAAGGAUGAUUGGCGGUCGUAGAGAGACUGGCUUUAGCAAAAGAGACGGCGGAGGUGGCGGCCAGUCGUUUUGCCGAUCGCGAAUCGCCGCCGCGAUCUUCGUCGGAAUAUUCCUCGGCGGUGUUUUCGCCUUCUUUUACCCCGAUGGAUUUUUUGUCUCAUCGCCUUCGGUUCACCAUUCUGUCGCCAACUCCGAUUCCGAGGUUAUUACCUCUUCAUGCGCGUCAUCAGAACGCAUCAACAUGUUAAAAUCAGAGUUCAUUGCUGCUUCAGAGAAAAAUGCACGGUUUAAAAUGCAAAUUAGGGAGUUGACCGAGAAGCUUCAGCUGGCAGAACAAAGGAAGGAUAAUGCACAGAAACAGGUGUUGGUGUUAGGUGAACAGCAAAAAGCUGGGCCUUUUGGCACAGUUAAGGGAUCACGAACCAACCCUACAGUAGUACCUGACGAGUCUGUUAACCCAAGAUUGGCAAAGAUACUGGAGAAAGUUGCUGUGAAUCGUGAACUUAUUGUCACCCUUGCAAAUUCAAAUGUUAAGGACAUGUUGGAGUUGUGGUUCACAAAUAUCAAAAGAGUGGGCAUACCUAAUUACUUGGUUUUUGCUUUGGAUGAGGAAAUUGCCAGUUUCUGUCAAUCAAAAGAUGUUCCAGUAUAUAAAAGAGACAAUGAUGAAGUCAAAAGAGACCAAGAUAAAAAUUUUGAAUCCAUUGCAAGAACAGGAGGAAAUCAUGCUGUCUCAGGAUUAAAAUUCCGAAUCUUGAGGGAGUUCUUGCAGCUGGGUUAUAGCGUUCUGCUCUCAGAUGUUGACAUAAUCUACUUAAAAAAUCCAUUCAAUCAUCUUUACAGGGACUCAGAUGUGGAGUCCAUGACCGACGGUCACAAUAACAUGACAGCUUAUGGAUACGACGACGUUUUUGAUGAGCCUACAAUGGGUUGGGCAAGGUAUGCUCACACAAUGAGGUUAUGGGUUUAUAAUUCAGGGUUCUUUUAUAUAAGACCUACAAUCCCCUCUAUAGAGCUUUUAGAUAGAGUGGCUGGUAGGCUGGCUCGAGAGAAUGCAUGGGACCAAGCAGUCUUCAAUGAGGAGCUUUUCUUCCCAUCAUAUCCUGGUUAUGAGGGGCUUCACGCUUCCAGAAGAACUAUGGAUUACUAUCUGUUCAUGAACAGUAAAGUUCUCUUCAAAACCGUGAGGAAAGACUCUCAACUCAGCAAGCUUAAGCCAGUAAUAAUUCAUUUAAAUUAUCACCCAGAUAAGUUUCCGCGAAUGAAAGCAGUCGUUGAUUACUAUGUGAAUGGGAAGCAAGAUGCUUUGAGUCCCUUCCCUGAUGGUUCAGAUUGGUAAGUGAUUUCGUACUUGAUGGAAAAUGCUGCAAUGCCUGUUGACCAAGAUAACUGGAGGUUUGAGGUUUCUGUUCCUUCUUACAGCACAUGUAAGUUUUCUUGAAGCAACUUGAGAUUACUGAAUGUUGUUCUGCUGAUUACCUGUUAUUUAAUGUUCUAGUUGACAUAGGAUACAUUGUGUGGCAAGCUGCAACGCUUUUUGAUUCUGAAGAAUUUCUGGCAACUGAUGCAGAAGAAAAUAUAUUACAGGUGGAAUUUCUUUCA